GAAAGAGAGAUAGAGAACGAGAAACAAGGCCGUCCAAAAGCAGCAGAGGAAAUAAAUUUGAAGUGUUGGUGAUGGUUUUAUUGUUUGCUUAACUGAAGUCGGGCUUUAUGUUAUUAAGCUCAUCUCUAUUUUAGGGUUGGAAAAACAAACGACUAGAAAUUUGGAAAGAAAAAGAAAAAAAAAUAAGACGACAAAAAGGAAAACGUAGAAGAAAAAAGGACAGAUUAAUCGCAGAUCCCGUUCUGCUUUGAAGACUCAUCUUAAUCCGAUAGAUCUGUUACUCACAUUUUCUCCAGCUUUUUAUUGGAAUUCUUUGGUUGUUUGGCCGAGUAGUCGGAGACGGAGGUGGAAUGAGAUCCUUCUAGACGAGAUUCUAGAAGUUAAGAUCUGGUGCUUGCGGCGGCGGCUGUGACGCCGUCGGAUGAGAGGAGAGAGACGAUCCAAAGGGAUAAAAAAUGAAAUGGGUAUCAUUGCUUAAGGACAUCAAGGAAAAAGUCGGUUUAGCUCAAUCUCCCACUACUACUUCCACUGCUACAGCUGUUUCUUCUUCUUCUUAUUCGUCUUCCAAUCACGAUACAAAUGCUUCCUCAGCCCUCCACGACUAUGUUUCCUCUUCUUCGAGUGACAGCAGAGAUAAACAUGAGUUGGAGUUGGACUUCAAGAGAUUCUGGGAAGAGUUCCGCUCAUCCAAUUCUGAGAAGGAGAAAGAAGCGGCCUUGAAUUUGACUAUAGAUGUCUUUUGUAGACUAGUCAAGCAGCAUGCUAAUGUAGCUCAAUUAGUCACCCUGUUAGUAGAAACACAUAUAUUCUCUUUUGUUGUGGGAAGAGCAUUCGUAACAGAUAUUGAAAAGUUAAAAAUUAGCAGCAAAACAAGAUCUUUAGAUGUACUGAAAGUACUACAGUUUUUCUCUGAACUGACUGAGGCUGGCUUCAGUCCCGGUUCAAAUUUGUUGACUGCUGUUGAAAUCCUUGUGUCAGGGUCUAUUGAUAAACAAUCUCUCCUUGAUUCUGGGAUAUUUUGCUGUCUCGUACAUAUUUUGAAUGCUCUUUUGAGUCCUGAUCAGACCAAUCAGAAGCCAAAAAUUAAUGAUCAUGAGGAUUCAAUGGUAGCUGAAAAGGAUUCAGCUGCUGAUGUUGGGCAAGCCCGCAAACUUGAGAUAGAAGGAAGAGUGGUGCAUAAUAUGAAAGCACUGGCAAGUCAUCCUUCAACAGCACAGAGUUUGAUUGAGGACGAUUCUCUGAUGUUGCUAUUUCAGAUGGUUGCCAAUGGAUCUGUAAUUGUCUUCUCUAGGUAUAAGGAAGGCCUUGUUUCACUGCACAUCAUACAACUUCAUAGACAUGCUAUGCAGAUCCUUGGACUUCUUUUGGUCAAUGAUAAUGGAAGCACGGCUAAAUACAUUCACAAACAUCAGCUGAUUAAAGUUCUUUUAAUGGCUGUGAAGGAUUUUAAUCCAGAUUGUGGGGAUCCUGCUUACACUGUUGGGAUUGUGGAGUUGCUACUUGAAUGUGUGGAAUUGUCCUAUAGGCCAGAGGCCAGCGGUGUCAGCCUUAGGGAAGAUAUACGUAAUGCCCAUGGUUAUCACUUUCUUGUUCAGUUUGUUCUAGUUUUGUCUUCGAUGCCACAGAAGCAAGGCAUUCAAUCUAUUUAUUUGAAGCUUCAGGUUGACAAUGAUAGAGGUCAUUCUUCUGAUGAAGCACCUGAAAUGGAUUUCUUAGGAAAAGAGGACCCUUCCUCUGAACAUCUCUCACCCACUUUGACUAGGCUACUUGAUAUUCUUGUUAACCUAGCUCAAACAGGUCCUGCUGAAAGCAAAACAUCUAAACAUUCUAUCACUAAGGCCAGUAGCCAUAGCAUAAGUCAAGCAUCAUCUGCUGACAGGAUUGGUGAUACAAAUUGGGAACAGGAAAAUAAUAAAGUUAAAGACCUUGAAGCCGUUCAGAUGUUGCAGGACAUUUUUCUCAAGGCCAAAAGCAGAGAUUUGCAGGCAGAAGUAUUAAACAGAAUGUUCAAAAUAUUUUCAAGUGAUAUUGAAAAUUAUAAAUUGUGUCAACAACUGAGGACUGUCCCUCUCUUGAUCUUAAAUAUGGCUGGAUUUCCUCCAGCGUUGCAAGAGAUAAUUCUUAAAAUUCUUGAAUAUGCUGUGACUGUGGUGAAUUGUGUUCCUGAGCAAGAGCUACUUUCUCUAUGUUGCUUAUUGCAGCAACCGAUUGCAUCAGAGUUAAAGCUUACAAUCCUUUCUUUUUUUGUAAAGCUCCUAUCCUUUGAUCAACAAUACAAGAAAGUCCUAAGAGAAGUAGGUGUGCUGGAAGUCCUGUUAGAUGAUCUGAAGCAACAUAAGUUUCUUUUGGGUUCAAAGGAUCAUGGUGGUAGUGCCAAUCAGUUGGAGAGAAAAUCCAGCUCCAGCAGCUUCCAGAAACACUUGGACAAUAAGAAUGUUAUUAUUACUUCACCCAAGCUUAUAGAACCUGGUUCAGGGAAGUUUCAUUUUGAAGUUGAGAGUACAGUUGCUAUUGGCUGGGAUUGUAUGGUUUCAUUAGUAAAGAAAUCUGAAGCCAACCAAGCUGCAUUCCGAGCUGCGAAUGGUUUGACAACUGUUCUCCCCUUCUUGGUGUCCAAUAUUCAUCGUCCUGGAGUCCUACGGAUAUUGUCAUGUUUGAUCACAGAAGAUGCCACACAGGCUCAUCCUGAAGAAUUAGGAUCACUUGUAGAAGUUUUAAAGAGUGGAAUGGUUACAAGUGAUUCUGGACAUCAAUACAAGCUUCAAAGUGAUGCGAAAUGCGAUACAAUGGGAGCCUUGUGGCGCAUUCUGGGAGUAAAUAAUGCUGCACAGAGAGUCUUUGGUGAAGCCACUGGAUUUUCUCUUCUGCUGACCUCCCUUCAUAGUUUUCAGGGUGAUGGGCACUCAGAAGAAUCUUCUUUAUUAGUUUACAUCAAAGUCUUCACAUAUUUAUUGCGCCUUAUGACAGCUGGGGUGUGUGGUAAUGCUAUUAAUAGGACAAAACUCCAUGCUAUUAUAUCAUCACAAACUUUUUAUGAUCUCCUAUCCGAGUCUGGCUUGCUGUGUGUGAAUUAUGAGAAGCAAGUGGUACAUCUGUUGUUCGAACUUGCUCUUGAGGUUGUCCUUCCACCUUUUAUGGCAGCAGAGGGUGCCAUAUCAUCAGAUAUGACUGAAAAAGAAUCCAUUAGUUUUCUUUUAAGCACUCCAUCUGGUUUGGUUAAUCCUGACAAGGAACGCAUAUACAAUGCUGACGCUGUUAGAGUUCUUAUCCGUUCAUUGUUGCUUUUUACUCCUAAAGUGCAAGUCGAAGUGCUGGACCUUAUUGGGAAACUUGCUCGUUCUGGCCCCUUCAAUCAAGAAAAUCUCACAUCUGUAGGUUGUGUGGAACUUCUUUUGGAGACAAUUCAACCUUUUCUUUCAGGAUCAUCACCAUUACUCUCUUAUGCUUUGAAGAUUGUAGAGGUUCUAGGGGCAUAUAGGUUGUCGGCAUCUGAACUCCAAACACUUGUAAAAUAUAUUCUGCAAACGAAGCUGAUGAAAUCAGGUUAUACAAUUGUUGAUAUGAUGGAGAGGUUAAUUCUCAUGGAAGAUGCAGCCUUGGAAAAUGUUUCUUUGGCUCCUUUUGUUGAGAUGGACAUGAGCAAGAUUGGGCAUGCUUCGGUUCUGGUGUCUAUGGGAGAAAGAUCUUGGCCUCCUGCUGCUGGAUAUUCAUUUGUCUGCUGGUUUCAGUUUCAGAACUUUUUGAGAACGCAAGCAAAAGAAACGGAUCCCACCAAAGCUGGUCCUUCAAAGAGAAAAAGUGGCUCAAAUGGGCAGCAUCAUGACCAGAAUAUUCUCCGGAUAUUUUCUGUUGGUGCAGUAAAUAAUGAGAAUACUUUCUAUGCAGAACUCUAUCUUCAAGAGGACGGCGUUCUUACCCUUGCUACCAGUAAUUCUUGCUCCUUGUCUUUUUCUGGAUUAGAACUGGAAGAAGGCCGGUGGCAUCACCUUGCUGUUGUUCAUAGCAAACCAAAUGCUCUUGCUGGAUUAUUCCAAGCUAGCGUUGCUCAUGUUUAUCUUGAUGGGAAGCUAAGGCACACAGGAAAAUUAGGAUAUUCACCCUCUCCCAUUGGAAAACCUUUGCAAGUAACCAUUGGGACUCCAGUUACUCGUGCAAGGGUUAGCGACUUCACAUGGAGACUCCGCUCUUGCUAUCUUUUUGAGGAAGUGCUCACACCAGGUUGUAUUUGUGUCAUGUACAUUCUUGGCAGAGGAUAUAGAGGUCUUUUCCAAGAUGCAGAUCUUCUCCGUUUUGUUCCCAACCAGGCUUGUGGUGGUGGUAGCAUGGCCAUCUUAGAUUCAUUAGGUGCUGACUUGUCUAUACCUACUGGAAUGCAGAAGCUUGACAAUGCAAGUAAGCAGGAAAACUCCAAGGCAGAUGGAAGUGGAAUUGUUUGGGAAUUGGAUAGAUUAGGGAACCUUUUGCUUCAGCUCUCUGGAAAAAAACUCAUAUUUGCAUUUGAUGGAACAUGUGCAGAGGCUGUUCGAGCAUCUGGGACAUCUUUCGUGCUCAAUCUGAUUGAUCUAUCAGCUGCUGCUUCUCCCAUUGGAGGUAUACCGAGGUUUGGGCGUCUUAAUGGGGAUAUCUAUAUCUGUAGGCAAUGUGUGAUUGGUGAUACCAUCCGGCCUAUUGGUGGGACGUCUGUCAUUUUGGCCCUUGUUGAGGCUGCUGAGACUAGGGAUAUGCUCCAUAUGGCCCUUUCACUUCUUGCUUGUUCACUUCAUCAUAAUCCUCAAAAUGUAAGAGACAUGCAAACAUACAGGGGAUACCAUUUACUAGCUUUGUUCCUGCGUAGAAGGAUGUCAUUGUUUGAUAUGCAGUGUCUUGAGAUAUUUUUCCAAAUUGCUGCCUGUGAAGCAUCAUUUUCUGAACCAAAUAAACUGAAACGAAUUCAAAUAUCUACCUCGCCUACCAAAACUACUCAUGAAACUGGCUUCGAGGAACUAAAUUUUGGAAAGUUCCGUGAUGAAACAUCUUCUGUUGGAUCUCUUGUUGAUAUGGAUGAUUUUUCUGCCCCAAAGGAUUCAUUUGGUCAUAUUUCAGAGCUAGAAAUUGCUGAUAUGCCGGUUGAAACUUCAAACUGCAUUGUAUUGUCAAAUGCAGAUAUGGUAGAACAUGUUUUGUUGGAUUGGACUUUGUGGGUAACUGCCCCUGUUUCUAUUCAAAUCUCCCUGUUAAAUUUUCUAGAGCAUCUUGUUUCCAUGCAUUGGUACAGGAAUCACAACCUUACAGUCUUGCGCCGAAUCAACCUUGUUCAACAUUUAUUGGUGACAUUGCAGCGCGGUGAUGUUGAAGUUCCGGUUUUGGAAAAAUUAGUUGUACUCCUUGGAGUUAUAUUGGAAGACGGGUUCCUGGCAUCUGAACUAGAAAAUGUGGUUAGGUUUGUUAUUAUGACUUUUGAUCCACCUGAGCUGAAGCCGCAGCAUCAAAUAUUGCGGGAGUCCUUAGGAAAGCAUGUCAUUGUAAGGAAUAUGCUUUUGGAGAUGCUUAUCGAUCUUCAAGUGACGAUCAAAACAGAAGAGAUGCUUGAACAAUGGCAUAAAAUUGUCUCCUCUAAAUUAAUAACAUAUUUUCUUGAUGAAGCUGUCCAUCCUACUAGUAUGAGAUGGAUCAUGACUCUUCUUGGUGUGUGUUUGGGUUCUUCUUCCACUUUUGCUCUUAAAUUUCGCACAAGUGGAGGUUAUCAACGACUUAUGCGUGUGCUUCCCAGUUUCUAUGAUUCGCCUGAUGUAUACUAUAUCUUGUUCUGUCUAAUAUUUGGGAAGUCUGUUUAUCCAAGGUUGCCAGAAGUCCGCAUGCUGGACUUUCAUGCACUAAUGCCAAGUGAUGGAGGCCACGUGGAGUUGAAAUUUGUAGAACUAUUGGAAUCUAUAAUUGCUAUGGCAAAAUCUACCUUUGAUAGGCUAAGCAUGCAGUCAAUACUUGCUCGCCAAACCGGAAAUAUUUCCCAGCUUGUUGCAGAACUGGUGGAGGAAAAUGUAGACAUGGCUGGGGAGCUUCAAGGUGAAGCUCUCAUGCACAAAACAUAUGCUGCACGCUUGAUGGGUGGGGAGGCAUCUGCUCCUGCUGCUGCAACCUCGGUUUUGAGAUUUAUGGUUGAUUUGGCGAAGAUGUGCCCUACCUUCUCUGCUGUUUGCAAACGAGCUGAGUUUCUAGAAAGCUGCGUUGAUCUCUAUUUUUCUUGUGUUAGGUCUGCUCACACUGUGAAGAUGGCAAGAGAGCUCUCCGCACAGACACAAGAGAAGAGUUUAAAUGAUUGUGAUGAUGCUAGUUCACAAAAUACAUUCUCUAGCUUGCCAGUGGAGCAGGAACAAUCUGCCAAGACAUCAAUUAGUGCUGGAAGUUUUCCUCAAGCACAAGUCAGUUCAAGUUCUGAAGAGAUGCCUGUCACUUCAAAUUUCAUGGUUGGAGAUAAAGAAGAGAUGAAGCAUUCUACAUCUCAGGAGGAACUGAAAAGAUCUAUGCAGGAAGAUGACCGAGUUAUUCGGAAUGUAGAAGGUGAUGGUGUUGAUCAGGUUUCUGCCGCCUCAAGCUCAAAUGAGUUCAGCUUUCAUGGUAUUGAAGACGAUCUGGCAAUUCAACCGCCAGAUUCUCAGAGUUCUGCAUCUCUUGCUAUCCCGUAUUCUCCAAUUUUAUCUGAUAAAUAUAAAUACAAAAUCCCCCUAUCACCCUCUUCAUCUCCCAUUAUUGGUCUGACUUCUUGGUUAAGUCUAAACCAAAAUGAAUCCCAGAAUCCCACACUUGCCUCACCUUCCAUGGACUCUUCUAUUAAUAUUAGUGGUUUUGAUCAAUCCUCUGAUUUGAAGUCAGGUUCCCAAGGGCCAACAGCUGCAAACUUGAGCUUUUCUGUUACAGCAAAUCUUCUUCUGGAAACGGAUGAUUCUGGGUAUGGUGGUGGCCCUUGUUCUGCUGGUGCAACUGCUAUGUUGGAUUUUAUAGCUGAAGUACUUGCUGACGUUUUAACAGAGCAAAUAAAAGCAGCACAAGUUGUGGAGAGCAUCUUGGAAAUGGUUCCACUCUAUGUUGAAGGUAAAUCUAUGUUGGUUUUCCAAGGUUUAGUUCUUACAAGAUUAAUGAACUUUGUUGAAAGGCGCCUGGUGCGUGAUGAUGAAGAAGAUGGGAAAAAGCUUGAUAAGACCAAAUGGUCCUCAAACUUAGAUGCUUUAUGCUGGAUGAUUGUUGAUCGUGUUUACAUGGGUGCUCUUCCCCAACCUGCUGGUGUUCUGAAAACUCUAGAGUUCUUGUUAUCUAUGUUGCAAUUAGCUAACAAAGAUGGUCGGAUUGAAGAAGCAGUUCGUACAGGCAAGGGUCUUUUGUCUAUUGCAAUAGGAAGCAGGCAGAUUGAUGCUUAUGUACAUUCAAUUCUUAAGAAUACUAAUAGGAUGAUAAUGUACUGUUUCCUACCAUCGUUCCUGAACACCAUUGGAGAAGAUGAUCUCCUAUCCUCCUUGGGUCUGCUAAUGGAACAUAAGAAAAAAUUGCCAAUAAGCUCUUCACAAGAAGAUCCAGGAACUGAUAUCUCCACUGUUUUGCAGUUAUUAGUAGCUCACCGACGAAUUGUAUUCUGUCCAAGCAAUUUUGAUACUGAUCUAAAUUGUUGUCUUUGUGUAAAUUUAAUUUCUCUUCUUCGUGACCAGAGGCAAAAUGUUCAGAACAUGGCAAUUGAUGUUGUCAAGUACUUAUUGGUUCAUCGAAGAGCUUCUCUGGAAGACCUGCUUGUCUCUAAACCUAACCAAGGACAGCACUUGGAUGUACUGCAUGGUGGUUUUGACAAAUUGUUGACUGGAAGCUUAUCUGCUUUCUUUGAUUGGUUUCAGAACUCUGAACAGAUGGUAAACAGAGUACUGGAGCAAUGUGCAGCGAUAAUGUGGGUGCAGUACAUUGCUGGCUCAGCAAAAUUUCCUGGUGUAAGAAUUAAAGGCAUGGAGGGUCGUCGUAAGAGGGAAAUGGGAAGAAGAUAUCGAGAUACUUCAAAGGUUGACCAGAAACACUGGGAGAAAGUUAAUGAAAGGAGAUAUGCAUUGGAGGUGCUUCGUGAUACAAUGUCUACUGAGUUGAGGGUUAUCCGUCAGGAUAAGUAUGGAUGGAUUCUCCAUGCCGAGAGAGAAUGGCAAAACCAUCUCCAACAACUAGUACAUGAACGAGGAAUAUUCCCAAUUCGUAAAUCUUCUGUGCCAGAAGAUCCUCAGUGGCAACUUUGCCCCAUUGAGGGUCCAUACAGGAUGCGCAAAAAGCUUGAACGCUGUAAAUUGAAGAUUGAUAGUGUCCAAAAUGUUCUUGAUUGGCAAUUGGAAUUAGGCAAGACAGGGUUCUCCAAAGUCAAACAUGAGGGUAGUCCAGAUGUUUCUGAUUCCGAUUCUGAAGUAAUUUUCAAUCUUUUGAAUGAGAGUGUUGAACAGAAUGGUGUUGACUCUGAGCUAUAUGAUGAAUCAUUGUAUAAAGAGUCGGAUGACGUGAAGGACGUAACAUCUGUUAGAGAUGGCUGGAAUGAUGACAGAGCUAGCAGUGUGAAUGAAGCUAGUCUUCACUCAGCCCUUGAGUUUGGUGGGAAAUCCAGUGCAGUCUCUGUCCCUGUAUCAGAGAGCAUACCUGGAAAAUCUGAAUAUGAAUCUCCUAGGCAGUCAUCUUCUGUUAGAAUAGAUGAAGUCAAAGUUGCAGAGGAUAAAUCAGAUAAGGAACUAAAUGAUAAUGGUGAAUAUUUAAUCAGACCUUAUUUGGAACCUCUUGAAAAGAUACGAUUCCGAUAUAAUUGUGAGCGAGUAGUAGGUCUUGACAAGCAUGAUGGUAUAUUUCUGAUAGGGGAACUUUGUUUGUAUGUAAUAGAGAAUUUCUACAUCGACAGUUCUGGCUGCAUAUGUGAGAAGGAAUGUGAAGACGAGCUCUCUGUUAUUGAUCAGGCAUUGGGUGUAAAGAAGGAUGUUACAGGUUGUAUGGAUUUCCAGUCAAAAUCAACUUCAUCCUGUGCCUCACCACCAAAGAUAUUGGUAGGGGGAAGGGCCUGGGCCUACAACGGUGGUGCAUGGGGAAAGGAGAAAGUGAUUAGCAGUGGCAAUUUACCUCACGCUUGGCGUAUGUGGAAACUUGAUAGUGUUCAUGAGAUUCUGAAGCGUGAUUACCAGCUACGCCCUGUUGCUGUUGAGUUAUUCAGCAUGGAUGGAUGUAAUGAUCUCCUGGUGUUCCACAAAAGAGAGAGGGAUGAAGUAUUCAAAAAUCUGGUUGCAAUGAAUCUACCAAGGAACAGCAUGUUGGAUACAACCAUUUCAGGAUCAACAAAACAGGAAAGCAAUGAAGGUGGUCGUCUCUUUAAAAUAACGGCUAAAUCUUUCUCAAAAAGGUGGCAAAAUGGAGAAAUCAGCAAUUUCCAGUAUCUUAUGCAUCUCAAUACCUUGGCUGGACGUGGAUACAGUGAUCUUACCCAAUACCCAGUCUUUCCAUGGGUUCUUGCUGACUAUGAGAGCGAAAAUCUGGACUUGUCAGAUCCCAAAACCUUCCGCAAGCUUGACAAACCAAUGGGCUGUCAGACACCUGAAGGGGUGGGGGAAUUUAAGAGAAGAUAUGAGAGCUGGGAUGACCCAGAAGUCCCAAAGUUUCAUUAUGGUUCUCAUUAUUCUAGUGCUGGUAUUGUUCUGUUUUAUCUUCUUCGCUUGCCUCCAUUUAGUGUGGAAAAUCAGAAGCUACAGGGUGGUCAGUUCGAUCACGCUGAUCGUCUUUUCAAUUGCAUAAGAGACACUUGGCUGAGUGCUGCUGGGAAGGGUAACACAUCAGAUGUGAAAGAACUGAUACCAGAAUUCUUUUACAUGCCUGAGUUUUUGGAAAAUCAUUUCAACCUUGACUUGGGGGAGAAACAGUCGGGGGAAAAGGUUGGUGAUGUUCUCCUACCUCCCUGGGCUAAAGGAAGUGCUAGGGAGUUCAUCUGGAAGCAUAGAGAAGCCCUAGAAUCUGAUUUUGUCUCAGAAAAUCUGCACCAUUGGAUAGACCUCAUUUUUGGAUAUAAACAAAGGGGAAAGGCAGCCGAAGAAGCUGUUAAUGUUUUCUACCAUUACACGUAUGAGGGAAGUGUAGACAUAGACUCAGUUACAGACCCUUCAAUGAAAGCCUCCAUUCUAGCUCAGAUCAACCAUUUUGGACAGACACCUAAGCAACUAUUUCUCAAACCCCAUGUUAAAAGGCAAUCUGAUAGAAAGCUUCCUCCUCAUCCGCUGAAGCAUUCAACGUUUCUUGUUCCGCAUGAAAUUCGGAAAAGCUCUUCUUCCAUUAAUCAAAUUGUCACUUUCAAUGAGAAAAUUCUUGUUGCCGGGGCAAACACUUUGCUCAAACCUCGAACACAUACCAAAUAUGUUGCAUGGGGUUUUCCUGAUCGCAGCUUGAGAUUUUUGAGUUAUGACCAAGAUCGUCUCCUUUCAACACAUGAGAAUCUUCAUGGUGGAAAUCAAAUUCAGUGUGCUGGUGUUAGCCAUGAUGGUCAUAUUUUGGUCACUGGGGCUGGUGAUGGUUUAGUUUCUGUUUGGAGAAUCAGUGAGGAUGGGUCUCGUGCAGUAAGACGGUUGCUGUUAAAAAAAGUGCUUUGUGGUCAUACGGCUAAAAUCACGUGUCUUCGUGUCUGUCAGCCUUAUAUGCUGAUUGUAAGUGGAUCAGAUGACUGUACUGUUAUCCUAUGGGAUCUGAGCUCAUUAGUAUUUGUUAGGCAGCUUCCUGAGUUCCCAGCAUCAGUUUCUGCUGUCUAUGUGAAUGAUUUAUCUGGGGAAAUUGUGACGGCUGCUGGAAUUUUACUUGCUGUUUGGAGCAUCAAUGGGGACUGUCUCGCAGUAAUUAGUACAUCCCAGCUGCCAUCUGAUUCUAUACUUUCUGUUACGAGUUGUACCUUCUCCGAUUGUCAGGACACAAACUGGUAUGUAACUGGUCACCAGAGUGGUGCUAUUAAGGUUUGGCAUAUGGUUCACUGCACCGAUCAAGACAAGACUGCCGGCAAGUCAAAUAUCAGUGGAACAGGAGGAUUAGAUUUGGAUAAGCCUCCAGAAUAUAGAUUGGUGCUCCAAAAAGUCCUGAAGUUCCAUAAGCAUCCGGUUACUGCUCUUCACUUAACUAGUGACUUGAAGCAGCUGCUGAGUGGUGAUUCUAGUGGGCAUUUGCUGUCUUGGACGUUACCGGACGAGAGCUUAAAAUCUUCUUUCAGUCGGGCGUAACGAUGUUAAAGUAAAAUUUGCGUGAUUGUCAGCUAUAGGAUCGACUUUGGGGGGUGGGGGUGGGGGGGGGGGGGUUUAAAAUCCCCAAUCAGGUCUGUGCAAGCUUUUGUGAGAGGAAGUGAUUCUUUGUUCUUUAUAACAUUAAAAUGAAAGGACAAGCAAGACAACAGAACAGGGCUGGCCAGGUGGACAAGUUGGGAUAAAUUAUAGAGACGUGGGGAAAAUUUCUUCCAGCCUACCAUUAUAUUAUAUUUAUGUUGAAAGUUACAAAAGAACUUGAUGGCUUUGACCUCUCCACCGCAAGGGUGGGUUUCAGGCAACCCUUUUGUUGUAUUUUUGACAGCCGGAGGACAUUGAUUUUGAAAAUAUCGCUCUUUUUUUUUUCUUUCUUUUGCAUGUAAAUAGACGGAAUUGUUAGCGGUGUGUAAUGAAGUUGUAUAGCAGAAAAACAAAUUGCAUUGGAAUUGGAUUGUUCGGUGGAAUUGGUCUGUCUAUCAUGGACGAAGGGAUGUAUUACUUUCGG